AAUCCCUACUAUCCUUUUAUAGGUUAUCUACUUUGUACUGUGGCAACGUGUUUAGGUGCAUUAAAUAAUAAUUUAAUUAUACCGUAUCUCAACAAAAAGCUAAUUACUUACUGAAGCAUAAUUUCAGGUAAACAAUGGCUAAAUCGAAGAACCACACCAAUCACAAUCAAAAUCGCAAGGACCAUCGUAAUGGAAUCAAGAGACCAAAACGUUUUCGCCAAGAAUCAACAUUGGGGGUCUGCGCCAAGUUCUUAAAGAACCUUAAAUUUGCCAAGAAGCACAACCUUAAUACAAAACAACAACUAAAACGCGCUACAUACAGGAUGGCAAUGCGAGAAGCAAGAAAGAAGAAUGCUGUCGCUCAAGGACAAAAAUAACAUGUACUUGUAUUAUUAUAAUAAAAUUUUAAAAAAAUAAAAAAUACAAUACUGAUUGAA